AUGCUGCAGUACCUGCACGACGUGCUGCUGACGGGCAGCAGCAGCAAGUGGGUGAGCCCUGCUGCUGCUGCUGCUGCUGCUGGCAGCGGGAGGUUUUACCUGGCGACUGCGCUGCCGCUGCUGCGGCCAGUGCAGCGCAGCAGCAACCCCUUUUGCUGCCUCUCCCCCAACAAGACGGGCUUUGUGUACUUCAACAAAAACCCCAACUGCUUCAAGGGGGGCCCCCAGGGGGGCCCCCAGGGCCUCCAAACCCUCCCCAGACUUUCCAAAACCCGCAGGCCUUUUCCGCGGCCCCACGGCCGCGCCCAGAUCGGGGGCACAGACCCCACGCCCCCGGUCUUCCCCAAGGGCGUGUGA